CCUGUAACACGAAACUCCUACAUCACUGAAAACCUUCUAAAAUCGUCUUUCUCAAGAGCCAUCCUGGAGAUGUAGUCAACUAUUUUACGAGAAAUGUGGAGUUAUUUGAGGACCGAGCCAGCCGUGUCAUUGAAAGAAGUGUCAAGCGCUUGGAUGGCUUCGUACUCUGUAUACAGGGUUAGCGAGAAACAUCAAGUUCGAAAUUUUAGGCUGCCUGGAAGCGCUUGAGGAUUGUAGGUAGAGGUGGAACAUUUUCGUAUGAAUAAUUUUGGAUUUCGAAGAGAAAUAUGGAAAAAUAUUGGACUUCCGGACGAUUAAUUAUUUUAAGUUUAGUCACUCCAUUUCAGGAACGUCAGCGACACUGACAGUUUGCGUUACAAUUCUUAUUUGCUGCUUUGCAUGGGCAACAACCACGACCACUCUUUCGAGCGCAAGUUCCUCUCCACGGGCAGGAAACUUUUACUGACCCUUGGUCCUAUUUAACAAGGAUGGCAAACUUCAAUUUAAAAAAAUUGAUGACUGAAUGAAAACGUGGUGGAUCAACAUUUUCAUUUUAAAAAGCAUUCAGGCCGAGUUAAUAAAAUUGCUGAAUCAGCAGAAUAAAGAUUAUGAAAGCAACACAGAGGUUGGUGAAAUCAGUGAGUCUGGAUCAGUUGAGGAAUUAUCAACAGGACAUUUCAAUAUGCCUUAUGACAUGGUUAGAGAGGGAAUUGAAAGUAGUUUAAGAGAAAAAUGGAGAUUGCUGAAGUCAAGGUUAGAGGAAGCAAACAAAGGCUCUUCAAAUGAACCCUCUUCCCCUAAAGCAGAGGAAAUUUCAAGGUUGGAAAGGCAGUUGGGGAAUUACAGACAUGUUUUGGAACAACAGGAACAACUUAUAGAAUCCUUGCAGUCAAAGGUUGAUUCUCCCUCAAAAGAUUCAACUCUUUUGGUUGACUCACAGCUGUAUGAGGAACAAGAAAAAUUUGAAUCUGACAAGCAGUUCUUUGCUGAGCGAAGAGUAGCGUUAGAGAAUGAGAGGAAACAGCUGACAGAUGCUGCUGUAAAACUUGGGCAUGAGAGAAAGAAGUUUGAAGAGGAACGAGCUUCAUUUUACAAGCAACAGCUUUUGACCCCGUUAAGAAAUCAGUCACUUGGGGGAAGAAAAUCAAAAUCACCAGAUGGCCCUCGGCUUCAAGUCAGCCCCGUGUCGUUUUCACCUGCACCAAGAGGUCUUAUCUCAUCCGAAACCAGAGGCACUCCUAAUAUCCCGCGGGACGGACCCGUGGAAAUCCCGAACACAGAAGAGCUAUAUAAGGCGUUGUCAUUAAGAACAGAAAAUUCUAAAGAUGUCAAUGAAAAUAACGGCACACCUCUCAAAGGUUAUUCCAUAGUAGAGGGAUCUGAGAGGACAUCACUGCCCACAAAACAGUCGUCCUGUGGUGACUCUUUGAAAGAAAAGCAGAUUGACUCGAAUACCCCGGGUGCAAAACAAGCUAGGAGAAUCAGCGAGCAUGCGCGGAAUGUCAAGAAAGCUCUGCAGUUGAAAAGAAGUUCAUCUGGUGAUUUGUAAAAACUAGUACCAGGCCAGCGCGGUUCUUUGUACCCCUCUUUAGCUGGAAAAGAAAUACGACAUUGGCUCAAGGUCAUCGUAGCUUACACUGUAGUCUUGUUGUAAGAAACCAUCUGAGUAAAAAGUAUUUUGUGCCAUAGUAAUGAUCUGUUAAAGUCUGUAAUCGCCCGUCUCCUUAGAUGCUGAUUAGGUGAAGUUUCUUGCCUACAAAUCUCUACAAGAGGCCUAAGGGUGAUCAAUUUCACAAGUACUUGUAAAAGUAACUGCGUCCAAUUCUGAUGAGUGUGUCAGAAUUCUUUUUGGAGUGGCUCUUUGCAUUACUGCUUCAUUUAGUUGACAGAUUUCUUUGUCGCGUGCACCGGUGCUCAUUACAUGAAGUUAGUCAUUUAAAACAUUGAAUACCUAUCAACUACCAUUUCCAAAUUAGUCUUAUAAAGCUAGAGAGAUGUUUUUUAAUUUGAAUCUGACAAGCAACUGACGAGCUAAGAAUUGUUGAUAUCGUCAUAUUUUGCAGUAGCUGAGUUAGCACACUCUCGACGAAUUGAAUUUUACCAAGAAAUGGAGUUAGACUAGAAGUGUGGGGUUAAAAUGUGGAUGUAAAUGUUGAAAUGUAUAAUCUAGUGUACUAUACUAGUUAAAAAUACUGCUGCUAUGAGUAAGCUCGAUUUUCUUAAAA